AUGCUGCAGCCCACCACAACCCAAAAGGCUCAAAUCCGAGAUGUUCUCCGUUCGACCCUCCCUGCCCCGUCGUGGAUAUACCCUCUACUUGAGAAAGGCACAAGAGGACUUGGGCAAUAUCAGUUGGAGAUUGAAGAUGUCCAAAAGCACCUGCAAAUGCUCAUCUUCCGACGAGAUAUGCUAGCCAACGAUGUUGACCUCAUCCGCAGUGUGUGCGAGUCUCCCAUCCGCUACUUGCCACCGGAGAUCCUUUGCGACAUUUUUGAAGAAGCAUGCGACCAAAACUCCCUUGACCCACCACCCGGCUCGCCUUUGGAUGCUAGGGAAGAUCAACGAUUGAUUGCUUUGGAGAUGGACAGGUUGGCAAAGCGUCCUUUGCUAUCAAUUUCGCAAGUGUGUUCUACCUGGCACGAGAUUGUGAUGGGAACUCCGAGGCUAUGGGCGACGAUUGCCGCACAGAUGAGGCACUGGCCGUCGAAAUUUCAAGACUGUUUCGAGCUCGUCUCGAGGUGUCUGAAGAGGAGUCGUGAUUACCCGCUGACAAUUCGGAUGUGGUAUAAUAAAGAGCGCGACACGGACUUUGACGAGGUGUUGAGUCUGUUGUUGCAACAUGCAUCUCGCUGGCGAGACGUUCACAUCGCAGCGUUCUAUCCUCUGAAAGACAUGCUCGAGGCCGACAACAUCCGAUUCCCAAUUUUGCAAAGUCUCCAUCUGGACUCGAGCAGAUACUUCGCUGCCCUCGAUUGGUCAUCUGCUGCUCCAGCACUCAAAUCUAUAUCUUACCACGGCUCCAUCAGAUCUAUUCCCCAUCUACAAUGGUCGCACAUCCAAGUCUUCGAUUUUACCCCUGCUGUAGGGAGCCGAAGAAGGUCGUGGGAUCACGCUGGCUUUACUUGCCUUCCGUGGGCCCAGCUACCUCUCAAUUCUUCCUUAGUAGCAAGAAUCUUAGACGAAGACGUUCCCAAGAAAUAUCAGUCAGGCUCGCCGAUACAUUCGCCCAUCGAAACCCUAAUUCUCCGUUUAUCUCCAUAUGAACACCAAAACGGACGUACUCUUGGGGUCAUAUUCCAGUCUCUCAGUCUCCCCAACUUGAAGAAGCUACAACUCCUCGGUGUUGACAAGGACAUGGUAUUCAGUGAAUGGCUUACCUGGGACCAGCGUCAUUUUAUCGCAUUAGCUGAGCGAUCAGCGUUCGGGAAUAACGUCGUUUCUCUUGCGCUCGAGGUACCAAUCCGUCAUGGAGAACUAGUGGACAUGCUGUCGGUGCUAACGUCGUUGGAAGAGCUGUACUUGGCAGAUUCGCCUCAAUCUGGAGAAGAUUAUUCACAACAGCCCCACUUAAUCACCGACCAGUUGUUUCAUGCAUUAUUGCUUGCAAACGACGCCGGGCAUACCCGCAUCCCACGUCUUAACCGUCUCGAACUUUCUACAACACACUAUUUCUCCGACGACACACUCCUUGACUUUGUGCGAAGUCGUGCUCUUCCCUUUGUCAAUCCGACACGGUUGAUCUUCAAGUUAAAGCUGCGCUCUGUGCGACCGGGCAUGAGCUUACUCGAUGACUUCUGGGGCCAGAUUGAGGAUUUGAGAGCGCAACGGAUACUGGACUUCGAGUUCGAAGACUAUAGAAACCUACAGUCGAAUUUUUUACUCCUGCUCCACAUUUGCUCUUGUCACGGUGGCGUCACGCGCCAUCCUGACCCUGGCGGACCGACGAUGGUAAUCGACAACGACCUGGGCAUCGUCUACCUCGUCGAUAAUGCCCAACAAUUCUGGUCUGAGUUGGAAGACAUCCUAGCACUCCCCAAGGACGAGGUUCCAACUUUGGAGCGACUUGAUUCGACUCUUAGACGAUACUUGGCGCUCUGCUCUGCAUACCACGAGCAGUAUUUACACAGCCCGUUGCAGUUGGAGCAUGCUUGCAACCUCAUUGCGGAGUCUGAGUUAUUCGCCUUCCAUUCGGAGCGCAUGUGCGACAUAAUCGUCGACGGCAUUCGCUCGAAUACAGACCCACACGCGCAACUCAUAGCAUACCACGUUCUCCUCUCCCAUGGUCGUCGCCGGGCAGACUUCUUUCGCUCGCAAAGAAGAUGGAUAUCGCUUUUCCCGCUGCUUAUGGACCACGUUCUCAUCGAGAUCGACUCCGACCUUGAGGACGCCUAUUUUAGCAGUUCGACAUCGGCAGCAGGCAUCGUGCCUGUCCCAAUCGAAGCCAAGCUCCGUGCCUUGUCCAUUCGCCUUCUCUACGAAGUAUGUCGUCUCCAGAAGUUUUCUGUCCAGGAUCUUCGGACAUUUGACGAUGCGUUUAUUGACUAUAUGUUUGAUCUCGUGGAGCAAACACGGCAUAUGCACGACGAAGCAUUCAACUACUCGGUUAUCAACCUUAUCGUCGCGCUGAACGAGCAAUUCAUGGUAGCAUCACUGCCAAAUGAGACCGCAGAGAACAGAGGAGAACCCUCAGAACCGAGGAAUCGCGUGUUGCGUGUCCUGAUGCGAAGACUAGGAUCAAGUAAGACGUUUGGCGAGAACAUGAUAUUCAUGCUAAACCGCGCUGAACGGACAGCGGAAGAUUUAUGCAUGCAGCUCCUUAUCCUCAAACUACUCUACCUCCUUUUCACAACCAACGGCACAUGUGACUUCUUCUAUACGAAUGAUCUUUGCGUCCUGGUUGACGUUUUUCUUCGCGAACUGGUGGAUUUAGGCGACGAAAACGAAUCGUUACGCCACACUUAUCUUCGUGUCUUACACCCUCUCUUGACCAAGACACAAUUAAAGGACGUUCCCUACAAACGACCGCAAAUUAUGCUAGCGCUCGAAUCCCUCACAGGUAAUUCGGGGAUCCGAGAUGUCAACGCAACCACCAAACGACUGGUCGAACGAUGUCUAAGCGGGGACUGGUGUGUUCAGCUACGAGCAGCACGUCGGAGCACGGACCCAAUGUCAGAUGACGAGCGCAAGAGUGAAGGGUCGUCGGGAACGGGAGUGGGGCUGUCAAAUCGUUCAGAAAUGAACACACCAGCGACAGUUCAACUGGAAAGAUCGGCUUCUGGGAAGGGGAGGACGUUGAAGACCAGCAAGAGCAUGGAAUAUCUGAAAGGAAAAGUGGGAGGGAGUGCUGCUCGACGAUCAAGCAAUGCUAGCUCGUUGAAUCUCGUAGCUGGAGCUAGUCUGGGAUCCCCUACUUCGCCGUUGUCCCCAACGAGAAAGGGAAGUGCUGACACACCACGAUCUGUAUCGAAUCCUCAUUCUCGGCCUCAACAUGCGAGCACUAUUCUUGUCCCACCCGUUCCUGCCCUGCCCCGUAACCCCCCGCACCAUGCCCAAACAAUGUUGCUUCCACCGCAACAAGUUGCCGCCAGCAAAAGUGAUUCAGCUUUAGAAGCACAUCCGCAAAUACCCCAGCGGAGAGCAGCACCUCCUCCACCCGUUACGAAACGACGGAAACCGCCGGCGGUUCCAACGACAGCCAAGAUUACAACCAUCAGGACUACGAGGACUACUAGUCCGCUUACCAAAUCUGCAUUUUGA